AUGGAAAGCCAUUCAAAUACGGUCACCUACGUUGUGCAUAGCUCGACCGUUUAUUUAUCUUUCUAUUUAAUUAUAAAAAUAAUUGUUUUUAUUUUUUCUUAUGUACUGGAAAAUAAAUUUUGUAAACUGGGUUUGAAUAAAAUUUAUAAUAAGGUAAAGAAGAUUUAUUAUAGAUAUAUGGAAAGUUCAGAAUAUAGUAAAAUAAAUGAUAACAUAGAAAUAAUAGAAAAAAAAAUUAAAAAAUAUAAUAAAAUCAUUGAUCAGAAUAAAAAAGAAAAUAAACAUUUAAGUGAAUAUGAUUUAUUAAUAUUAAAUGGAAAGUAUACAAGAAAACUUAUGAAAGAACAAAAUGAAUUAAACCAAUUAAUAAAAAAUAAAGAAGCACAAAAAGAACAAUCUAAAAAUAAUCUGUUUUUUAAAAUCUUUGAUAAAACAUGCAUAUUUUUAACAUCCCCAAAUAAAUUUAUAAAACUUCUUAGAAUACAAAUAGUGGUCAUUUUAUUAUUCUUAAUAGUAAAAUAUAACUUUAAAAAUAAAUGGGAGGAUUUGUGCCUACAAAUACAAUCUGAGUUAAUUUUUAAAAGAAAUUUUCAAUUUAUCUCAUCAGAUUCAUGUAAAAACAAUUUGUAUACCUUUCUUUGUGGAUACAACAUGACACAUUUUUUUUUCAUGACAGUCAAACAUAAUUGUGGAAUUUUAUAUUCUAAGUUAUUAAAAGAUGAAAAAAAAAAGAAAUCUUGA